AUGACUUCAUGUGUAAGAAAACAUAUUGUGAAGCAAAUCGGUGACAGUUUUUUUUGUUUGCUAAUUGAUGAGGCGCGAGAUGAAUCGACAAAGGAACAAAUGUCUUUGGUUCUAAAGUUUAUUGACAGUUUUGGAGUAAUUCAUGAGAGGUUUUUGGAUAUGAAUCAUGUUGUUGAUACACGUUCAGAAUUGCUAAUGGUAGUCAUUGUUUCCACUUUGAGCCGACACAGUCUUUCAUUAUCCCGUGUACGAGGACAAGGAUAUGAUGGAGCUUCUAAUAUGCGUGGAGACAUUAAUGGGUUGAAGACUAUGAUCCAAAGAGAAAACUCCUCAGCAUACUAUGUUCUUUGUUUUGCACACCGACUUCAACUUGCUUUGAUAUCAGCAACCAAAAAUCAUAUUAAAGUUUGCCGGUUCUUUGUUGAAUUCUCAUCAUCAUGUGUUACAAUAGGUGCUUCUUGUAAACGUGCGGAUCAGUUUCAAGAAUUGCAGGCAGCUAACAUUCGUGAUGCAAUUGUUGGCAAAGAAAUGAAAACAGGUCGCGGAUUAAAUCAGGAGCAAUCAACGAUAUACGAAGCGGUUCAAUCUUUUUGUCUCGCAAAAACCAUCGUUGCCUCUAAUAUGGAAUCAAGUUAUGUGCUUAUGGGACGUCCUUGUUGCAAUGCUGACAGCAUUAACUGUGAUCAUUAUUAUCUUGUGAAGAUCUUCUUCAACAUCGUAGAUUCACAGUUAAGUGAGCUUGAUGACCGUUUUCCUGAAUGUUUAUCUACAUUGCUCGCAUGGAUUGCCUAUUUAUGCCUAGAUUACCUUCGAAAUGGAAAUGUCUCAGAGCUAGUUGAGUUGGGGUGGAUGUAUCCACAUGACUUUGAACAAUAUGAUUUGAUGAUGUUAGAACAACAAAUUUUGCAAUUCAGCAUAGAGUUGAGGUUAAACGAAGCUUUUUUUGGAAUUCAAUUUUUUUAUGCUUUAACUAUAACCAUUUUGGUUUUAAUUUUACCUGUUGGCACUGCGUCAACAGAACUUUUGUUCUCAGCAUUGAAGAUUGUGAAAAUGCAGUUGAGAAACAAAAUGAGAGAUGUGUACCUUGCUGACGCUAUUAGUUUGUUUGUUGAAAGAGAGUAA